AUGCUCACCAAAUUCUUGUUCCUCGGUCUAGCCAGCCUUACUUGUGCUGUGUCAGUUAAACAUCCCCAGAAAUCACCAAAACCAUGGUCAACUUUUGCAGAGAAUGUCAUCUUCCAGCCUGACUCCGAUCACAGUAUUCUCUAUCCGCGACAGGUCGAACUAUCCGAUGGAAGUCUCCUUGCGACAGCCUCGUAUGCAGGGGAUGAAACUCCAUAUUUCCCGAUCUUUCGAAGUGCAGAUGGUGGUGCUACCUGGACCUGUAUCUCCAAUAUGACAGACCAGGUCAAUGGACUAGGAAUGGCGGCUCAGCCUGCGCUCGCGGAGAUGCCAUUUGCUGUUGGUGACCUCCCGGCCGGCACAGUUCUAGCCAGUGGAAACAGCUGGGGAAAUCAGAGCACCAACAUCGAUUUAUAUGCUAGUGAAGACAAAGGUUAUACGUGGAAGUUCAUCAGCAAUGUGGCGACGGGCAGUGGACCGGAUACUACAAAUGGGAAUCCAUGUAUUUGGGAGCCAUAUAUUCUGUUUUUCAACCACACAGUUGGCGUGUUUUACUCUGAUCAGCGUGACCCUCUGCAUGGCCAGAAGCUUGCUCACCAGGAAUCGACCGAUUUGGAAUCCUGGGGCUCCGUAAUAGAUGAUGUGGCAUAUCUCAACUACACUGCCCGUCCUGGAAUGACGGUCAUUUCAUAUAUUCCACCAUUGGAGAAGUGGAUUCUGGUGUACGAGUUUCCAGGAGGAGAUAGCUGGUCUGGGGCAGGCUAUCCAGCCUACUAUCGAUUGUCUGCUAGUCCAUUUGACUUCCGCUUUGCCUUCGGCUACCCAAUUGCCGUAGACGGAAUACAGCCAAGCUCGUCUCCUUAUGUCGUCUGGUCUCCCGUUGGAGGUGUCAAUGGAACCAUCAUCGUCAGUGACGCUGAUCAUAGCAGCAUUUUUACCAACCGUGCCAACGGUCAGCCUGAUCAGUGGGAGAUUCAUGCCACACCACAGCCAGCAGCAUAUAGCAGGAGCCUACAUGUGUUUGCAAAGCAUCCCGAUCACUUGAUGAUACUGGGUGCAGGUGUGUUUGAGGAAGAAGAGAAUUCCCCACUCUAUCUCAGCGUUGUGAGCUUAACAAAGACCUUGAGGCGGCCUGCUGGUAAUUAG